AUGGCUUCGUACGAAAUUGAUAGCGUCAAGGUUGAGAAAGCCAAUGCUUUGAGAAGGUAUAAUCGGCAGCGAAACCUUAGGUGGAUUUUCGAAAUUUGUGCUGCUCUGUUAGUUGUGCUUUCGUUAUCCACUACCUGGGUUCCGGUUGCCGUGGAAACAGCCCGUGAUUUUCUCCGGCGAUUCAUCGCCAUAUUUGAUUGCACUUUAUACGUCCUCCUUCUCGUCAUGAUCAUUAUUUUAAUCAUAUACGCCUACUCCGGCCAAAAAGACGCUACGUCCGAUGUCUACGACGAGUUCAUCGAACACAACGACUCUAGCAGGAGGUUCUUCCCUGGCGAGGAGCCACCGACGCAGGAAGAGACCUUUCAUGACAAGCACAUGGUUUGCUCCGACAAUGCUGUCUCUCCGGUUCAUGAGGAAGAUUGCAUAGUUUCUCUUGUCACCAAGCCUUUGGUCUCUCCAAUUCAGUCAGAGAGAGUUGCUGCGGUCAGUAAGAAGGCUUUGCGUAAAAAUCCAUAUCGGAGGACUAUAUCCGAGAGAUUCGAGCAACGAAUUGAGGAGAGGUCUCGACGAGUGUUUCGGCGAUCAGAGACGGAGAUAUGCAGGAAAUUGGUGAUUUCCGGUGAAGAACCAUCUAGAAGGUCGUGGUCUUACUCUGUGGAUAACUUGAGCAAGGAGGAAUUCAACCGCACAGUGGAUGCCUUCAUUGCAGAGAAAAAGAAAAUUCUAAGGGAAGAGUGUAAGGAAGAAAGGAAAAAAGAGUCAAAUUUGGCCCUCGCCAUCCAGAAGUACUGA